AUGAUUUAAAUUGAUGAUAAGCCGGAAUAAACUAUCAAACAUAAAUUAAUUGACAAUUUAAUAAAAUAGACAGAUUGUUAUUCAAUUUCUUUUAAUUAAACGUCAUCAAUUAUGGUUUCAACAUGUUAAACAGAUGUAAAAAUUUGGAAAUUUGCAGAGGGUAAAAUUAAAGAGGAACAAACUCUUAAAGGACAUAAUAGCUUUAUUUAUUGUUUAAUUUACAGUAAGAACUGUGAUGCUUUUCUAUCUGGUUCUUAAGAUUGCACAAUUCGCUUAUGGAGAUUAGUUUAAUAAAAUGAAUGGAAGAGUUCAUAACCUUAUCUGUAACAUAGCAAUACUAUAACCUGCUUAGCCUUGAAUUAAAGCGAAGAUGAGAUAGUCUCUGGAAGUAGUGAUAAUACAAUAGCAGUCUGGAAAAUCAAUUUCAUUUAGAAUGAAUUAUUUUUUAUGUAUAAAUUGGAAAAACAUUAAGGAACAGUUAGAGCCUUAGAUUACAAUUUUUCAUCAAACCUUUUAGUAUCUUGUGGAAGGGAUAAAUCAAUCAUUAUUUGGUAAAAAGAUCAAGAAGAAAAAGUGCAAUUUCAUUAAAUAGUUAUCAAU